CUCCCCUUGGGCGCCAGCUCCGGGCGGUUCCUGUGGCAGAGUUCCGAAAGCUGCUGCGCGUGUGCGGGAGAGAGCGGCCCCCGCGGAGACGUGGUGCAAAGUGCGGCAGCUGUCCGCAUCCAGCCUGGGCAGAGAAGCCUCAGACCGCGGCCUCCCCCUCUGGGCUCCCUCUCCCUCCCCCAGCCCUGCAGGCACAGGACCCAAGCCCGGAACCAGACCGAUGGCCCUUGGCAGCCAGAGCCCCUUGCGCCAGAAGCUGACAAGGGAGGAGAGAGUGAGAGAAAUCCCUGAAUGCCAGAGUUAUCGGAUGGAGAGUCCUGGUCAAGGUUCUGCCAGGUCCCAGUGUCCCUGGGUCCAGGAGGAGGAGGGGAAGAAGGAGUUGGUGGCCUUUAAGGAUGUGAUAGUGGACUUCACUGAGGAGGAGUGGGGGCUCUUGGAUUCUUCUCAGAAAGAGCUGUACAAGGACGUUAUGCUGGAAAAUGUCCAGAAUCUGCUGUCCCUGGAUGUGGAGUCCAACUUGGAAUGGAAUGAGAGAAGUAGAAAGCUGGGGCUUUUUGUGGAAGAAUGUGAUCUGCUAAGAUUCAUGACGUAUUGUCCCUGUGCCUUCACUUUGAAGGAAAUCCAUGCCUCUAACAUCCAAGUAGAUAACUCGAAGUCUGACUGUAAAUUAAAGAAAAGUAGAAAGAGAUUCAGUCAAUCUUCUUUCCUAAAUCAGUAUAAGAAAAUGAAUUCAGGCAAUAACUGGCUUCUGGAUAGUGAAUAUCAGAAAUGUUUUCUUGAACAGGGAGAGCUUUUUCAUUCUCAGGAGGACUCUCCUGAAAUACUAAUGAAUCCAGAUAAUCAAUGGGAAAUGGCCUUCAGUAAGAUUUCAGAACUUACCAGACAUCAGAAAAAUGAUCAUGGGGAAAUGUUUUGUGUGAGUAGUCAAGGUGGGAAGGCCGUGAGUCAGACCUCUAAGCUACUUAAUCAGCUGGCAGUUCAGAGAAGAAAGCAACCUGAUGAAUAUAAUGAAUGUCAAGCAAUAUCAUCCUAUCAUUCAUCUCUUCCUUACCAAUCUAGAAUUGACCCUGGAAUGAAAAAACCUUCACUUGGUGAGUGUGGGAAGGCCCAUAGUUGGAACUCAGACCUUGAUAGAUCUCAGAAGAUUCAUCCUGGAGAGUUUUAUAAAUAUAAUGAAGGUGGGAACAUUUUCACACAGCGAUUUUUUCUAGCUGUUCCUAAGGGAUUCCACAUUGGCGAGAAUUCUUUAGAAAGUAAUUACUGUGGAAAGACUUUUGGAUCUAAUUCCACUCUUAAUAAGCAUCAGAGAAUGCACACUGGAGAGAAACCUUAUAAAUGUAAUCAAUGUGGAAAGGCUUUCACAUGCAAGGGAGAUCUUAGCAAACAUCAGAAAAUCCACACUGGAGAAAAAUCAUUUAAAUGUAAUCAAUGUGGAAAGUCUUUCAGAUUCAAUUAUGUGCUUACAGAACAUCAGAGAAUUCACACUGGAGAGAAACCUUAUAAAUGUAAUCAAUGUGGAAAGGCUUUCAUGGCUAGAGCUGGUCUUGCUUUACAUCAGAGACUCCAUACAGGAGAAAAGCCUUAUAAAUGUAAUCAAUGUGGAAAGGCUUUUACACACAGUGCCAAUCUUGCUUUACACCAAAGAAUCCAUACUGGAGAGAAACUUUUUAAAUGUAAUCAAUGUGGAAAGGCUUUUAUAACAAGAGCCAGUCUUGCUUUACAUCAGCGAAUCCACCCUGGAGAAAAACCUUAUAAAUGUAAUCAAUGUGGAGAGGCUUUCAUAAAGAGAGACAGUCUUGCUUUACAUCAGGAAAUCCACAUUGGAGAAAGACCUUAUCAAUGUAAUCAAUGUGGAAAGUUUUUCACAUGCAAGGGAAAUCUUAGCAGACAUCAGAAAAUCCACACUGGAGAGAAACCUUUUAAAUGUAAUCAAUGUGGAAAGACUUUCAUAUAUAAUUACAGGCUUACAGAACAUCAGAGAAUCCAUACAGGAGAAAAGCCUUAUAAAUGUAAUGAAUGUGGAAAGGCUUUCAUAAAGAGUACAAAUCUUGCUGUACAUCAGAGAAUCCACACAGGAGAAAAGCCUUAUAAAUGUAAUCAAUGUGAAAAGGCAUUCAGAUAUAAUUACAAUCUUGCAGAACAUCAGAGAAUCCACACAGGAGAAAAGCCUUACAAGUGUAAUCAAUGUGGAAAGCCUUUCACAUGCAAGGGAGAUCUUAGCAAACAUCAAAAAAUCCACAUGGGAGAGAAACUUUUUGAAUGUAAUCAAUGUGGAAAGGCUUUCAGAAGAAAUUACAUGCUUGCAAAACAUCACAGAAUCCACACACAAGAAAAGCCUUAUAAAUGUAUUCAAUGUGGAAAGGCUUUUGUAAAGAGAGACAGUCUUGCUUUGCACCAGGAAAUCCACACUGCAGAAAAACCUUAUCAAUGUAAUCAAUGUGGAAAGUCUUUCACAUGCAAGGGAGAUCUUAGCAGACAUCAGAAAAUCCACACUGGAGAGAAACCUUUUAAAUGUAAUCAAUGCGGAAAGGCUUUCAUAUAUAAUUACAGGCUUACAGAACAUCAGAGAAUCCACACAGGAGAAAAGCCUCAUAAAUGUAAUCAAUGUGGUAAGGGUUUCAUAAAGAGUGCAAAUCUUGCUGUACAUCAGAGAAUCCACACAGGAGAAAAGCCUUAUAAAUGUAAUCAAUGUGGAAAGGCCUUCAGAUAUAAUUACAAUCUUGCAGAACAUGAAAGAAUCCACACAAGAGAAAAGCCUUAUGAGAGUAAUCAGUGUGGAAAAGCUUUGAUGCAAGGGAGAUCUUAGCAGACAUGAGAAAAUCAACGGGGGAGAGAAACCUUUUGAAUGUAAUCAAUGUGGAAAGCCUCUUACACUCUGUGCCUGUCUUGCUAGACUCCACAGAACUCACAUUGGAAAAAAAUCUUUUGAAAGUAUUCAAUGUGGAAAGACUUUUGCACAGAAGUGAAAUCUUGUUGAACAUCAAAGAACCCACACUGGAGAGAAACACUUUGAAUGUAAUCAAUGAGGAAAGGAUUUCACACAUAGGUCCUUUGCACCUCAUAGAAUCCACACUGGAGAGAAAACUUAUAAAUCAAAUUAAUGUGGAAAGGCAUUCAGCUACAAAUCUAAGAUUGGUAAACAUCAGAGAAUACUCACUAAGGAGAAGUAUUAUGAUAGUCAUAAAUGUGAAAUGAUUUCACAAAGACUUCCCAUCUGGCUGUAUACGAGACAAUCCACACUGGAGAGAAACCUUAUAAAUAUAUUCAAUGACGAAAGGUUUUCAGAGAAAUAAUCCUGCUGAACAUCACAGUAUUCAAGUGUAAGCCCUGGGGACAGCUGGGUUGGGCUGGGGUCUCAGCUGAAUCUUCCAAACGUUGAUUUAAUUCCUUGAAGCUGGCCAAUACAGCUGUAGCUCGCCAAAAUCGAGAAUACAAAACAAUUCUAACAAAUACAGGCUCGAAUGAUCUGAGAGAAAAAGACAAGUCCACAAGGACUUCUAUAAGAUGUACAAAGACCAAUGUAUAUGGAGCAGCAGUCUUCAAGUAAUGAAAUAUAUUUGUAUCACAGGUCAUAUAGUAUACACCUAUCUUAAAGAUAUUUCAGUUUUACUUUCAAAUUAACAAUAAAAUAACAGUUCAUUCUUAUGGACAAUCCUGCUAAUUGUUCUUACAUUAUUUUGGAAACCUAUAAAGAAUUUAUUUCACCAAACAUUUAUAUGUAUCUAUAACAAAUGGUGACUAGGCCAAAUACUCAUGCGUCAAACUAUUUAGGAUAUAUUGACUAUAUAUUUUCAUAUUGAAAACAAGAUAUUAUAUACUUGAAUUUGUGAUGACCAUUUACUUUUCUCAGGAAUUUGUCAUAAUAGGAAAAUAUGGAGGUAUGAUAAUACCAUCACAACAACAAUCAGUUGUGAUGGGCUUCAGUCUGAGAGCACACACAUGACAAAACUUCCUUAAUUUAGAUUGAUAUCCAAUUCUAAUAGUAUUACUUUAGCACACUCGGGAAUGAUCAGGUAUGAAAUAAAGAACAGAAUUGGGAAACUGAGUCGGAAAGAUCUCACUUUGAGCAAAAGCUCCCAACUCUUAAUGUAUCAGACUCCUAUUUAUUCAGGGUCACAUUUCUCUGAGUAGCUUAUGAAAUUUCUCUUAAGUGGUAGGUUUCUUUCUUAAUGAUUAGGCAAUCAAAUUCAAAACUCAGAAAUAAUAUUUCAGUUGCUGUCCCAAGAGGUUUCAUCUCCCAUAUCAAAUUCUACUAACUGCAACUUAAGGCUAGAUAAAUUCUCUCUUUUACCAAAGUUCACCAAAAGUUUACCAAAACUUAAACACAUAAAAGAUUGUUUAACUUGUUUCUUAUGUUACACAUCCUGGUGUAAAGGAUUGUUCAUUAAAUGAACUUACAGAAUUUUUGUAUAUAAUUUCCUUAUUAUAUAUGUUACUAUAUCUCUUAAACAAGCUCUUUUCUCAGGGCUGAUGCCCUUAUAUAUCCUGAAAGUUUAAGAAAACUGACAAGUUUAGAAUUAAAAGGUUGUGCAGUGGUCCCAGGGAAGGAGCUGAGCUGUUUGUUGCCCAGCUCCCACACUUCAUUGAGUUUUGAUGGACUAUGCUGCAUGCAGUAAUUAUCAGAUUCAGGUUUAAUAUGAUGACAAUAGCUCCAAAUUACUUAGUUAACAAAACAUCUUUUUAAUUUUUCCUGACAAUAACCACAUAAUUUUUGUUGUAAUUUUUCUAUUAAUUUUCUAGCAGCAAUGAAAAACAUCUAAUUCCUUAAUUUACAUUUACAAAAUAAUUUGAAAUGGCAUGAAUAGAGUGUUCACCUUCUUAAUAGUUGCCACAUCUAU